AGAGCUCUGUGACUCUGUUGUAGUUGUAGAUUUCAUCAACCGCUAAAGCUGUCUCCAUCUCAGCUAGGCAGCUACCAUGUCGCCGAUGAUGGGAUCCAAGCCGCUCCUUUUUGUACUUUUCUUUCAGUUAUGCGUAUCUCUUCUACCUACAGCAGUCGCGAUUUCUCCUGCUUCUGGAGAUGGGUACACUAUAAAUGGUCGAGUCAAGAUCCCCCAAGGUCUAGGUGUGAAAGGGUUUGUUUCUUCUGGCAAAAUUUCAAAUGUAAAAGUUAUGCUCAAUGGUGGCCAAAACAUUACUUUCCUGAGACCUGAUGGCUAUUUUUCAUUUCAUAAUGUGCCAGCAGGGACACAUUUAAUUGAAGUUGCUGCAAUAGGUCAUUUCUUUUCUCCGGUUCGAGUUGAUGUUAGUGCCAGAAACCCAGGCAAGGUUCAGGCUGCAUUGACAGAGAACAGAAAGGGUCUGAGUGAGUUGGUUUUAGAGCCAUUGAGAGAAGAACAGUAUUAUGAGAUUAGGGAACCUUUCUCCAUAAUGUCUGUUGUGAAAAGCCCAAUGGGUCUCAUGAUGGGAUUUAUGCUGGUGGUUGUGUUUCUCAUGCCCAAAUUAGUCGAAAAUAUGGAUCCCGAAGAAAUGAGAAGAGCACAAGAAGAAAUGAGGAACCAAGCUGUUCCCUCUUUGGCAAACUUCCUCCCAGGAGCUGGAAGGAGUUAGAUAUUCGACUAGUAGGAAGCAUAUACCCUGCGUCCAGCAUUUGAGUUGUUCAAAGUUUAAACGAGGAGCUUGGAGCGCUUCUCCCUGUCUAGUCGAAUGGUCUUCUAGGCUGUUAUCUAGUUGUGUACCCGUCAAAGGUUGCAUUCUCGAUCCACCAUUGGGACAGCCACGAUUUUAGUUCUACUUCACAUUGUUGAUUAUAUCCAGGGAUUUAUCUAACAUAAUGAGAAUUGUGUACUCAUUUUAGUGUUCCAUUAAUCUAUCUCUAGCUUUUGUAGAAAUGCCAUUUGAGCGUU